AAACAACGUGGCAUUUACGAGCUGCUACGAACUUUUGUAUAUGACUCUCAGCUGAACAAUUUUGAUGAAAGCGAAACAGUUUGAGUUCAUUACCAUUCAGCUGCUGUUGUUCGUAAUAUAAAUGUAAAAUACUUGGGAAUACUUAUUUUUUACUAGAAGCUCGUCUGUCAAUUCCUCGUACAAGUGCAAUAUCGUUUUAUAUAUGUAAAAUUAAGGUUAUAUCGGCAAUGACUACGUCAAUAGUGAUACAACUGUCACAAGAUAAAUAAUUCAUUUUGUUAUUGUGUGAGUGGCUCUUCCGUUCAGAAAUGUUUGUAUGUCAUUUUAUCGGAGGAUCUACGUUGGAGCAUUUUGGAACAAUAUAUCGAUAAUUAUCAUAUAAUCCAUGGGAUGCUUGAUAACGUUGUUAAAAGUAAGCGUUAAAAAUUAAAGAGUCGACGCUCGCAUAAAAAGAUCAUCGAUUACGGCGGAGAUUAAAAAAGUAAGGUGCAUGAGAUUGUUGUUGAUCUCUCAUAUCGUUCUUCAUGGGUACUAGAAGGAAAAUGAAUAAGGAUGACAACGUGGAAGAUGGGAUCCACGAGUCGAAGCAUGUCCACGAACGUUCGGAUGUACGAGGUGAUGAAAAGAAUAUAGCUAUUCUUUUAUUUUUAUAUCUGUUACAAGGAAUACCAUUGGGGUUAUGCGGUUCUAUACCCAUGUUACUUCAGAACAGAGAUGUGUCAUAUCGUCAGCAGGCUGAAUUUAGCUUUGUGCAAUGGCCCUUUUCUUUGAAACUGUUUUGGGCACCCAUAGUAGACUCCGUGUUUUCACAAAGAUUUGGAAGAAGAAAAACAUGGCUAAUUCCAACUCAAUAUUUAAUGGGAUUUUUCAUGCUGUUAUUAUCCAGCCAUGUAAAUCAAUGGUUGGGUAGUAAAACAAUAAAACCAAACAUAGAAAUGUUGACUGUAAUAUUUUUUGUACUAAAUGUUUUGGCUGCAACUCAAGAUAUUGUAGUAGAUGGAUGGGCACUGACCAUGUUAAAAAGAUGUAAUGUCGGAUAUGCAUCAACUUGCAACAGUGUAGGACAAACUGCUGGAUAUUUUAUUGGUUAUGUACUUUUUAUGGCAUUAGAAUCUCCAGAAUUUUGUAACAGUUAUUUAAGAUCUAUACCUUCCAAUGAAGGCAUUUUGACUCUGCCUGAUUUUCUCUAUUUCUGGGGAUGGGUAUUUAUAAUUAUCACCACUUUACUUGCCUUGUUUAAACAUGAAGAUUCAGAGAAAAUGCACAAAGACGAAGAAUUGAAUACAGAUAUCAAACAUGCGUACAGAUUACUUUGGAACAUUGUCAAAUUACCAUCUAUAAAAACAAUCAUUAUAUUUUUGUUAACUGCUAAGAUAGGGUUUUCUGCUUGUGAUGCUGUAACAGGUUUGAAGCUAGUAGAAGCUGGUAUACCGAAAGAAAAGUUUGCCCUUAUGGCUGUGCCUAUGAUUCCAUUACAAAUAUUGUUACCAUUAGCAAUAUCAAAGUAUACAGUAGGUCCAAGACCCAUGGAUGUAUACAUAAUGGCAAUGCCUUAUAGACUGGCUUUUGGAUUAGUAGCAGCAGUUUUGGUAUAUGUGACGCCAUAUAUCGUAACAGGGGGACACGUUCCAGCCUAUUACUUUGUAGUUUUAAUUGCUCUAUACUUGAUACACCAGGUUUUCACAAGUAGUAUGUUCGUGGCAUCGAUGGCAUUUUUUGCAAAGAUUAGCGAUCCAGCUGUUGGUGGUACUUACAUGACAUUACUAAAUACAUUAAGUAAUCUCGGAGCUAAUUGGCCAGCAACGGCAGCUCUUUGGUUUGUCGAUCCAUUAACGUAUCGACAAUGCAGCACUGAUCCCUCAAAUGACUGUAGCACAAUUUCGAAAAGGGAGCUCUGCAUGGACACGCACAAUGGUGCUUGUAAUAUGCAAUUUGAUGGAUAUUACAUAGAGAGUAUCUUGUGUUUAAUCAUAGGACUUGCUUGGCUCAGAUGGGGUCGACGGAAAAUAGAUCUGUUACAAAGAAGACCUAUGUCUGCUUGGAAAAUUAUUCUUUCGAAGCAGAACAGAUAACAGUAUUGAAUUUGUGUUGCAGUUUGCAAAUACGGUACCUGCAAUUAUUACGAAAUUGUUAGAAGUGUACGAAAACUCGAACAUAUCGAACGUAUCGAUGCUCGGGACGAGUCGAGAAGAGUCGCGUUUCAAAAGUAUCCGUAAUUUGAGGUUGUCGGGAUUCCUGAAAAUUUCGGGAUUCUUGAGAAAGUCAGGAUUUUCGAGAAUUAUAAAAUUAUAUAGUAAAUUAUAAUAUUCUAUAAUAAAAUUUUAUAUUUAUGAUAUAUUUCGUUGUUAUUUCUACUUCGUAUUCCAGUCGAUAUAAUUUUUAAAUUUUCAAGAAUUUCGAAAUUCUCAGGAAUUCUGACAGUACCGAAUUACGAGAUACUUUUGAGAACCCAACCCGAUCCGAUAUUUUUGGGUUCUCGCACAUCUCUAGAAAUUGUACAAAGUAAAUACGCGUAUGUUGAACGCGUAUCGGUUGCGUGUCCGGGUGAUUUUCUACACGUCCAUCAAGUGUUUCGAUUUGAUCAACGCAACAUGAACUGAAUUGUUUUCUAGUUUCACAAUAUUUUUUGUUUCUUGUUCUUAUUUGUUUAAUUUUUUUUAAUGUAACAAAUAAUAAGCGGUAUUUGUCGGAGGUUUGAUACCUAACUUUAUAUGAAUAAUUUUUAUAACAUUAUUUGAUAUAUUGGCACAAUAACAACAUCGAACAAGUACUGCAUUCAUUGUACAAUUAUUUAAAUAGAGCACUGAUGAUUUUGGUUGUAGCAUGUCGUUUAUACCUAGUGAUAUGCCAAAAAAAUAAAACUGUGUCUUUUUCUA